UGAAAAACGCCGGUGUCGCCGCCACAGAUGGUGAAUACCUCAUAUAUGUACGUUCAAAGUGUAACACGCCAAUGAAAGUCUAUUGUCACGGUAUGAAUACUAGUACCCCCAAGGAAUUUGUCACGUUGCCAGCCGGAGUUCAGAACAAUUACGCCUAUAUUUACGCCAAAAGGCUGCCUCACAGACCUUACUCCGCAAGGUAUCGAUGUUCAGGAAAACCCGGAGCUAUGAAUUACACCGAAGCUGGAUUGACGAAGUUCCGCAAAGUUCGUGUGGAUCUCACGAGAAUGGCGAUCAUCCCCGACGAUUAUACGUUUGCUAAGUCGGAUCCUUUCGGCAGGAGAAUCGCGUACGGAACAGCUGGUGACUGUUUCUCAAUGCAUUUUGGUGGUAACUGCAGAAGGGGACACUUUAAAAUUGACCUUACUCGUACAGGCCUGCGCUUGAAGUCGUCUACUGAGUGGCAGGCGCUUGGUUUCCCACCAGGAAUAGAAAUGCAUGAGUACAAAAAAUCUAAGGAUGGUACAAUGGUGUCUGCUAAGUGCGGAGGAUGGUGCGGACGAUGUAGACCUAAUGGAGAAAUGUUACUUGAGCAGACUGUCUGCAAGCAAGAAGAAAAUCCCUGCCAGUCUAUUGUAUGCGAAUUCUACUCUAUUUGCCGCCGAUCCAUAGAUGGUUACAGCCACGUGUGUGAGUGUCCUUCGAACUGCUCCAAAGGGAAUUCACCGGUGUGUGGAAGUGAUGGAAAGACUUACGAGAAUGAAUGUGAACUUCAAAGGGAAUCUUGCACCAAGAGAAAAACGAUUAAAGUUAAAACCAUGACAGCAUGUGGAGUAAAACAGCCUGUUCACCUCAUGUUUGGCAUUGAUACUGCAACGAUGAAUGAGCCCAAGUAUGUCCUGAAAAUCAAAGAAUUCUACAAGGAACUUGGAAACAGAUUCCGCAUCCCUGAACAAGGAAUAGCUCAUGGAUUUUUGAAGUUUGAUCUAAGUGGCACAGCAAAGAUAGAUUUUGUAACAUUUUACAACUAUGUUACCUUACCUGCAUAUAUCAAUGCACUGCAGAGCAUUGACAAAAAGACAACACUGGAUGAGGCAAUGAGAGAUUCUGUUCCUGGUCUCUUGUAUAGGGUGGAGUAUGAUAACAGAUUGAGAUAUAGUCAGUUCCCCAAGGCUAUUGUGCUGAUAACUGAUGGAAGUCGUGUGACUUAUCCUCAAGGCCUCAUAGACAUGUCCAAUGCAUUAAAGGAUGCAGGAAUCAAAGUAGUAGUGCUUCUUGUUGGAGAUGAAGAUAAUGGACUUGAUAAUGUAAAAUCCAUUGCUUCAGGGGAGGAUUUCAUUUUGACAGUAGGGUCACUGAAUCGACUGAGAGUGAUGUUACAACCAACUGUGGACAAGAUAUUAAAAGAUCUUGACGAUUGUCGCUGGAAACGUUGUCAUUUCUACUCAAAGUGUGUCAAAGGUGAUGUGGCAAAAUGUGAGUGCAACCUGGUGCCUAGUAAUGUCAACCGCCCAGUCUGUGGCUCGGAUGGUCAGACUUACAAAAACCUGGUUGCCCUGCAACUGGUGGCUUGUCAAGAACAAAGGUGGAUUGUGCCGAGACAUACAGGAAGAUGUGCUACUGACCCAGGUUGUGAUGAGCUGGAUUGUAAAUAUUACUCUUAUUGUUUGGUGCCGCCAUCUGGAAUAGCCACGUGCACCUGUCCUGAUCGAAAUGCCUGCGGUGAUUCCAAGAACCGAGUGUGUGGCACGGACGGGCUGUCGUACGAUAACAUCUGUCAGCUGACUGCAGCUGCUUGUGAGAGGUACCAUGAGGUCAGAGUACGGCAUGGUGGACUGUGUAUACAACAACCAGUGGAUCUUGUCUUUGCUCUGGGAGGAGCAGGCUCCAUUACCUUGGACACAUUUCAGAAACAGAAGGGCUUCAUUAAGCAGUUCCUGGACACGUAUGGUACCUCUGCGCCUGGUGUGCACGUAGCCAUCAUUGACUAUUCCACAGGUCGACUGUUGGCCGAGUUCCAAAACUUCGACAUAGACAACCUUAAAGACAAGGUCGACAGGCUGCGUUUAACACGAAGAGGACGAGUGCAAAGUGCUUUAGUGGGCGCAAACAACCAGUUGUUUGGAAAUUCUAAGCUGAUAAGAUCUUACGCGAUUAAAGCAUUGAUUGUUUUGACAGGAGAGGGCACGAAUGAAGCAGACGCAACGUUACGUAAUGCUGCGUCACCUUUGAAAAACCAAGGAGUUAGGAUAGUAGCGGUGGCUGUUGGCAAAAACCCCGUGAAAAGGAAGCUGUUGGUCUUUGCUUCUGGAGAAGAAUAUAUUUUUGAUUUCGACGAAAAUAAACAACUGCCAGCUUUGGUGCCAAAAGUAUAUGAAAUGAUUAUAAAAGAUCCUUGCGAGAAUAAGGUAUGUGAGCACUAUGCCCAGUGCGUCUCUUAUGCCGAUGGCAGCACCCAAUGCGCUUGUGAUGAGAAAUGUGCCAAAAUUGAAGAUCCCGUAUGUGGAACCGAUGGUCGAGAUUAUACUAAUGAGUGUGUUCUGAAGGCGACAGCAUGUCGAGAGAGCAGGGAUGUGGAAGUAGCAGACACGAAACCUUGCGGAGCCUGUUUUCACGCGAUGGACAUUGGUGUAGUUUUGGAUUCAUCUCGAAGCGUUGGUUGGGAAAAUUAUGAGACCCUUAAACGCUCCCUUGCCAAGCUUAUCGACUACUUCCACGUUUCUAAAGACGGCACCCACUUUGGCUUUCUUCACUAUAAUCAAGACGCCAUAUUGGACUUUGAUUUUGCCAAUUCUGCCUCGCAAAACCCACAGGCGCUGAAGGAGAAGAUUUUGGAAAUUAAUUACGACCCUGGGCGUACACGCACAGACAAAGCGAUCAAAAUGGCAAACGAGAGACUAUUUACUGAAGAAGGCGGAGCGAGAGAGGGUGUGCCGAAGUUGCUGAUUGUACUCACAGAUGGAAAAACCAGCGAUGACUCAGCUCCCUACUCGACAGUUUUGGCUCCUCUAAAGACUAAAGGAGUGCAAGUUCUGGCUGUUGGCGUAGGAGCUGGGGCUGAUGAAAGUGAACUGAAAACUAUUGCCAUGGGGAAUUCUGAAAACGUCCUUAAGAUGGGAUCGUUUGGACAGCUUGCAAGAAGUUUGAGAACAGUAACCAAGAAUUUGUGUCAAGGCAUUGAACCACUGAACUUGGUGUUUGCUAUCAAUGCAAACGGACAAAAUUCUAAGAAUUACUUUGGCCGCAUGACCGACACAAUCAACUCAAUCAUCGACUCUUACGGACAGCAAAAAAUCAGAUAUGGUCUUAUUGUCUACGGCAAUAAGGCGGUGCCACGAAUCCAAUUGACAGAGAUAUUUAGUAGCGACGAGCAACUAAAAAUCUUCGUGGAAAUGGUACAGCGGAGUCGAGGCGGAGCGGACUUAGCAGCCGCUCUUGAGAGUGCAAAGGUGAUGUUCAGCGGUGAGAUACCGGAGCGUCGCAAUGUGUUGGUGAUUCUGACCGAUAGCAAAGCGACAGGGGACAGGGCCAAAAUUCAACCCCUUGCGGAUGAGUUACAUGAGAUGCGUGUCAAGGUUAUAACCGUUGCCAUGGGUGAGGAGUCAGAUAGGAGUGAAUUACGGCCUUUAUCUCCCAUGAAAGAUAACAGUGUUAAGGAGGACCCCAAAGAGAGUCCUAAACAACUUGGUGACAGGAUCAUGAGAGAAGCUAUCAAAGAAAUGAAGUAUGUGCCUGUGGUGGACCUUGGCUUCGCUCUGAGUGUCUCUUCUUCAGAUGCCAAUAAGAACUUUGAAAAGAUGAAUUCUGUCAUCAAUGCUAUUAUCGACCAGUACAGCGUCAUCCGGAUCAGAUAUGCAGUCGAAGUGUUCGGUAACGACACAAAAACUGUCCUCGAAUUUCAUCAGAGUUUUACCAAUGGAGAUGAUUUGAAACGACAUCUUGCAACGGUCACCCCUGAGUCCGGUGGAUCACGCUUGGAUAUAGGACUCAAGGAGGGGGAAGAACUGUUUGAAUCGGAAGGCACUCGUCCUAAUGCACACAAAGUCCUGGUCGUUUUCACAGACAAAAAAUCGACAGGAGAUGAUCAGGCUGCUCAAACUGCUGCCAAAGAGCUUUUGGAGAAGGGUAUUAAAGUCAUUGCCAUUGGGUUGGGCAGCGAAAGCGACAUUACCGAGCUUAAAUAUAUAGCAACAGAUGUACGCCAUGUUAUCCCGGCCAAGAUCACGGAUGACUCAGAUGAAUUGGGUAUUGAGGUCAUGAAUCUGGCUUUCAAAGAAAUCCCAAAUGUACCUACCUUGGACGUAGCCUUCGCCAUUAGCGCCACAGCCACGGAUGCCGAAACUAACUUCAAACUGAUGAAAGACACCAUCACAGCCUUUGCUGAUAUGUACGGCAUGUCAAAGAUUAAUUAUGCAGUCGUGGCUUAUGGCGAAAAACCAAAAAAAUGGUUUGAUUUCCAAAGCCAACCAUCUGAUUUUGAUGCUCUUAAGCGGACAGUUGAUGCAGUCACUCGAGAGACAGGGAUAGUGGCAUUGGACAAUAGCUUAGAAGAAGCAAGGAGACUUUUUGAUGCAGCAAGACCGCAGGCUCGUAAGGUCCUGGUUGUUAUCACGGACAGGAAAUCUGGCUCAAAUGUUGGUGACGUCAGGACAGCAGCCAAGCUCCUGGAGCAUGCUGGGAUAACGGUGAUUCCGGUGGCGAUCGGUACAGAGGCCGAUACGAAAGAAUUGGAAAUUAUAACUCCUGACAAAGAGACCAUCAUACAACCAAAAGAUGGAACUUCGGCGACUGAAUUGGCCAGGAUGAUCAUGGAGAUGAUUCGCACAGUUCAAGCUAUCCCUGAGAUUGAUCUUGGUUUCGCGUUGAGUGCAGCCAGUACACUUUAUAACGAAACAUUUCAGCUAAUGAAGGAUGUGAUAAACUACAUCAUCGUCACCUAUGGCACCCAGAAAAUACACUACAGUGUCAUUGUGUACAGUGAAACUGCAUCGAUAGAAAUUAAAUUUGGGCAGACACCUCCGUCACCACAGCAACUCAAGACAGUUGUAGAAAACCUCAAUAUUGGCACGGGGACACCAGACUUGGCAGCCGCGCUGAGGAAAGCAUCAGAAAUGUUUGAUGAUGACGAAAGGAGACCCCUUACUCGUAAAGUUCUUGUGAUCAUGGCAGAUAGUAGUUCUGGGUCUACUGUGGAUGACGUUAAAACAGCAGCCAAGCCUCUUGUGGAUACGGAUGUUUUGGUUAUACCUGUUGUGGUCGGUGAAGAAGGAGACCCUGAUGAGCUCGUUAACACGACACCUGACAAGACGAAUGUUAUUGAGACUGGAAAAGAAACGGAUCCUGAGGUGGUAGGAGAGAAGAUUAUGGACAAGAUUCGAGAUGGACCUUCAGUCUCAGAGGUUGACCUCGCUUUCGCCAUUAGCGCUACCGCAACAGAUGCAGAUGAGACAUUCAGUCGCAUCAAAGAAACAACAAAGUAUAUUGUGAAUAAAUAUGGAACAGACAAGAUUCAUCAUGGUCUGUUGGUGUUUGGCAAUGCACCCAGCCGUGUUAGGGACUUCAGGCGAGACGCGUUCACUCGAGAAGAAAUGAUACGACUUUUGGAUUCUGUACCAAGAAGUUCAACAGGACCUGACCUUCAGAAAGCUUUAGAAGAAUCAGUGAAGUUAUUCGAAGGACCUGGAGCUCGACCAACUGCUCGGAAAAUUCUGGUCGUGAUAAUGGAUAAGAGGUCUGGUGUCGACGAAACAAAACUGGGCGAGAUUUCGAAUACUUUGUAUCUGCGGUUUAUUGAUGUUAUUCCUGUUGCUAUCGGAAAGGAGGCUGACAAGAGAGAAUUGACGUUGAUUACAUCAGAUAAAAAUAGUCUGAUUGAAGCUCCAAAAGUAUUUAAACCAGAUGAACUUGGAGAAGCAAUAAUGUGGAAGAUCUUUAAAGUACGUAUUCUACCGGACGUGGACAUGAUUUUGGCUGUGAGCGCCACCGCAAGUAACGUAGCGCAAACUUUGCGCACGAUGAAAGACACCCUGAAGUAUGUGCUUAAUGUUUAUGGGGUGGGAAGCAUUCGAUAUGCUAUGCUGUCAUUCGGUACAGAUGCUACUGUUAUGGAAAGAUUCAACAGAAAGGACCCAUCUGCUGAGUAUCUUUUGCAACUCGUGCAAAGUUUGCCCGCAAGUCAAGGGCUUCCUGCUUUUGAGCGAGCUCUGAGUGCGGCCAAGAACAUUUUUGAAGGGGCGGAUGUCCGGCCAAAUGCUAUGAAGGUUGUUGUGGUGAUCACUGAUGGUCGUUCCGGGUCCACAGAUGAACAGCUCAGGACAGCAGCCAAACCAUUAGAAGAUAAAGGCAUUCACGUUAUUGCUGUUGGUAUUGGAAGUGUGCCGGACUCCAAACAACUGGAGGAAAUUACUCAGAGGAAGGGAGAUGUAAUUACAGGACCCUCCGAUUCCAAUCCAGCCUCUUUAGGGAACAGAAUCAUGGAAAAAGCUUUUGAACCUGUGUCGGUGCCUAUACAAGACAUCGAUCUUGUGUUUGCCAUGUGUCCAGUAUCUUCAACUUCAGACGAGACUUUUAAACUCAUGAAGGAUGCUGUUAAAUCCUUGGUGGACAAGUAUGGAACUUCUAAAAUCCACUACGGUAUUAUCCUCUAUGGACGAUCAGCCGAAAGGCUAUUGGAAUUUUCCAACAAGAUGGUGCCUGAAGCUGAAGUGAAACAGUAUAUUGAUAAUCUGCCCAAACCGAAAGGCGUUCCUCCACUCGCACUCGUCAAAGCUCUGAACGACACCAAAAAGAUGUUUGACGGAGUAGGCGCACGGAAGGAUGCCAAAAAGGUUCUUGUCGUGUUCACAGACAAGAGUUCGGGUGCUGAAGAAAGUGCGCUAAGGUCUUCUGCUACUGUUCUAGAAAACGAAGAAGUGGAGAUCAUCGCUGUAUCCAUUGGAGUGGAAGCUGAUGCGAAGGAGUUAGCUUACAUUACACCACAUACUGGGAAUAUUAUAGAUUCACCAACUGAUGAAAAUCCUGACAAGCUUUCCGCAGAAAUCCUAAGGCUCAUCCUCACAGAUCCCCCACCGGUUUCAACGGAAAUUGACGUUGCCUUUGUACUGAGUGCCGACUCCUUAGGAAACGGACAGACAUUCAGAUUAAUGAAGGAAACAAUAGCCUGGAUAAUUGGCAAAUAUGGAACAGAAAAGUUGCGUUAUGCCCUCAUCGUGUUUGGCGCCAAUGCAAAGACCGAACUGGACUUUGAUAGUAGCACCAGAACUCCAAAUAAUCUGAUAGAAUUUGUUAAGCUUCUUCGCAUGCAACCUGGAAGAUCCAAUAUCAUUGGAGCUCUAAAGAAGGCCGAAGAGGUGUUCGACUCUGAGAAUGCAAGACCUGAUGCAUGCAAAGUGGUAGUGAUAAUGACAGACAAAGCGUUUAGAAGCAGUGCGCCUGAAAUCAGUGAAGCUGCCGCACCUCUUGACGAGAGAGAAGUAAAGGUCAUUCCAGUAGCUGUGGGUUUUGAGGACGAUUCAUCCCAAUUGGAGUUGACCAAUCCAGAUGGUCUUGUCAUUGAAGUGCCUAGAUCUGAAAAACCACGAACACUAGGAAAACAGCUUAUGGAACAUGUUACCAGAUGCAAGUUCCCGCCAGUUGAUAUCGCCUUCGCUCUCAGUGCUACAGGAUUAUCCAGAGAGAAAAUUUUCAAGCUCAUGAAAGAUACACUGAAAACCGUUGCUGACAAGUACGGUACAGGGAGCUUUAGAUACAGCUUCAUUGUGUUCUCGAACACAUCCAAUAUCUUUGUACGAUUCAGCGAAAAGUAUUCCACCAUCGACGAAUUGGAGGCCUCCGUUGACGCUUUGCCCUCCGCCACGGGAGGGUUGUCUUUCAUAGAGGUCAUCGAAUCUGCUAAGGAGACAUUCAAAGACAGUGGCGUUCGCAAGGGUGCUACGCAUGUCCUCGUCAUUUUGACGGACGGGAGGUCUGGUGAGGAUGAAGACGAGAUAAGAGAAGGAGCAGUUUAUUUGGAGGAGUCUGGAAUCGUUGUUAUUCCUGUUGGUGUAGGAGAUCAAGUUGACAGUAAUGAACUGGGCGUCCUUACAAGCAACGAGGAUAAUGUGGUUCUUAUUGAUGAAGAUGAACAACCUAACCGUUUGAUGGAGCUGAUUAUCGCUAGAGUUCUUGAAUCACUGAGACCACCACCAGUUGAUCUUGCGUUUGCUUUAAGCGCAACCUCUUUCCAGUCGAACGUUUCUUAUCCACUGAUGAAGGAGGUGAUAAAUUCUAUCAUACAACAAUACGGUACAAAGGACAUCCAUUUCUCCUUUAUUAUUUACGGUUCUGAAGCAUCCACUAAGUUCAGCUUCACCAAAGAGCAGGUGGAUCCCGACGACUUACGAAGAUUCGUCACAUUUAUGCCGGAGAUCACUCCACCGACAUCACCUCAUGUUGCCCUUGAGGCGGCUUCUGAAGCUUUCAAGGGAUCGGGUGUGCGCGCCAAUGCUUCUAAGGUACUCGUUUUGAUGACUGACGUAAAGGGGGAUUCAUCCAAGGAAGAGAUUGAGUCAACCUUUGCACCAUUGAAAGAGCAGAAAGUGAAAGUUAUAUCCGUGGGGAUUGGGUCAGAUGUGGAUACAAAUGAACUGGUUAAUAUUACAGGCAAUAGCAACAACGUUAUCACUGUUCCCAUUGAUGCAGGCGAGACAUCUUUGACCAAGGAAUUGAUGGAGAAAGUUUUGCGGCCAGGUUUGCCAGAGGUACCUAAAAUCGAUGUUGUGUUCGCCAUAACUGCAGUAUCGUCUAAAGCUGAUGAGGUGUUCCAAACGACGAAAAAGGCGAUCACUUCUAUUGUCAACAAGUACGGAACGGGUAACAUGCAGUAUGGCGUGAUCCUAUUCGGAAGCGGAGCUUCGUCAUAUGUAGACUUGGCCUCUUACUCCACAAGCGAUGAGUUAAAAGCCUUGGUCACAAAACUCCCCAUUUUAAAAGGAGGUCCUGCCUUAGAUGAAGCCCUCAAGCGCGCAGGAAAAAUGUUUACAUCGCCAAAUGCGCGCAAAGAUGCACACCAAAUCUUGGUCGUGAUCUCAGACAAAAAGACAUCUUCCAAUCUUAAUGAUGUCAUUUCUGAGGCGAAUAAACUUCAAGAUUUAGGCGUGACAGUCAUUUCCGUAGGACUAGGCAGCGAGGUUGAUGAAAACGAAAUCCAAGAGAUUACACCUGAUGUGAGCGAUGUCAUCGUAAUUUCCAAAGUUGUUGACUCCGACGAUCUCAGAAGGAAAGUAAUGGAAAAGAUUUUAAAAGUACGUACAAGAGCACCUGAAGUCGACGUAGUGUUCGCUCUAACAGCUACAACAGGGAACCCUGAAGACGCGUUUCAGCGCAUGAAGGAUGCUGUUAAAAUCGUAACAGACACUUACGGAAUACAUCGGCUCCAUUACAGCCUUAUCGUGUAUGGAAGCCGGCCUAGUGAGGAAUUCGACUUCAAAACUAGUUUUCCCACGCGAUCAAGCAUUAAAGACUUCAUUGAAAAUUCCCGAAGAGUUUCAAGUCGCCCUGGAACCAAACGGGCCUUGGACGAGGCUUUGCAAAUCAUCAAAGAUUCAAGUCUACGUCCAUCGGUCAAAAAGGUUGUUGUCCUUUUGACAGAUGGUGUUUCGGAUCUGGAUCCUUCGGCUAUUCAAGGGGCAGUUCAGUCCAUGGAGAAGAAUGGGAUCCCUGUUCUAAUAUUUGCUUUAGUCAACAAUCCUAAAACUGAAUUUGAAGUUUCAAAAACUGUCAACCCAGUAGAUCUUGCUAGAAAGGUUAUGGAGAAGGUAUUUGAUGUUGUGGUGGAACCACCAGAGAUGGAUCUUUGUUUUGCUGUUAGUGCUACAGCGGCACUUUCUCAGAAGACUUUCAACCUCAUGAAAAAAUCUAUCAUUGAUGUGGUGGACACCUAUGGUGCAGGCAAAGUUCGCUACAGUGUGGUGUUAUUUGGAUCCGUGGCCAGGCUAGUUGUGAAGUUCAGCGAUGGUGCUUUGGACCCCACGAGGCUGAAAGGUGCCAUAGGUUCAUUGGUACCAAGCAGUGGAGCCCCGGCGUUAGAUGAGGCGUUGGAAAGGUCUUUGGAAUCUUUCAAAGAUGGCGAGGACCGUCCGAACGCCAGAAAGGUCCUUAUCGUCAUGUUGGACAACGAAUCAGGUCUCCAGUUGAGUGACAUUAUGUUGAAGACGAGAGCUUUAGAGACGAAGAACAUUCGUGUUAUUACUGUAGGCAUAGGAGACAGCACAAACAAGGAGGAAUUAGAAACAAUGGCUUCCGAUAACAGGGAUAUUCUGCUUGUGCCAACUUCUGAGCCUCCAAGCAUGCUUUCCAAAGAUAUCAUGGUGUUGGUUUUAACAGAUCGUCCACUGAAUGUCCCCAAGUUAGAUUUGGUGUUUGCCAUCUCAGCGACUGGCACAUAUACAAGUGAAACGUUCCAGUUAAUGACAGAUGCCAUCGACUCCCUGCUCCAGAAAUACGACUCUAGUAACAUCCGUUAUGGUCUUAUUGUGUACGAUGAUGACGCUUCAGUUAUCGUCCAUCUCAGAAACGCUACUUAUGCUGAUCAGGUUCGGGAAGUGUUGGAAACAAUCGAGGAACCUUCGGGUGGAUCGGCCCUCGACAAGGCUCUGGAGAAAGCUGCUGAUAUGUUCGCCGAUGCUGGAGAUCGGCAGGAUGCGGACAGGGUCCUGGUAGUCCUGACAGACAAGAGCUCUGGGCUCGACGAAGAUCUCGUGUCAGGCACCGUUAUGCGUCUUGAACAGAUGGUCGUGAAGAUUAUUCCCGUGGCUGUUGGUGAUGAAGUCAGUCCAGUGGAAUUUGUGAUUGUGACCAAUAAGGGCAACAUAAUUGAAUCUGAGAAAGACAAAGAUCCGGAUGAAUUAAGAGAAGAGAUCAUGGAAAGAGUGAUAAAUGGAACCCUUCGGAUACCAGAAACCAACUUGGUUUUUGCAAUCUCCGCCACUGGACUCGAAGCUGAAGAAACAUAUUCAUUUAUCAAAGAUAUCAUCAAGUCGAUUAUUGAGAACUAUGGAACGGAGAGACUGGAAUUCAGUGUCAUUGUGUACGGUGAUUAUGCCUCACCACAAGUCCGUUUUGGAGACAUUUUUGCUUCAGAUGCCGAAUUAGUAGAAGCUGUUGGCAGUAUGCCUCGGAUGUCAGGGAGCCCUUCACUUGAGAAGGCUUUGGAAGCAGCAGAAGAUCAGUUUAACAGUCCGUUCAUACGAUACAAUGCAGCUAAGGUGUUAGUUGUCAUCUCCGACAAGUCAUCUGGUAAGAGCCCUCGAGAUAUUAGAGCAGCGGUUGUGCCUCUAGAAACAGCUGGAGUUCGCGUGAUCGCAGUGUCUGUCGGGACAGAAGUGAACCCUGCAAAGGAGAAGGCAGUAUCAACUGAUGGACAAGUCAUCAAAACCGACAAUGAAAAAAAUCCUACUAACGUGGGCAAGGAGAUCAUCGAUAAAAUUGCCAAGGGUAAAUCUCCAAUUCCUGAACUUGAACUUGGGUUCGCCAUUGCUGCUGGCUCAUUGUUUGCCGACGAAACAUUCAAGCUUAUGAAAGACACAAUUUCAGCGAUCAUCCGCGAAUACGGCGUGGGAAAAAUCAAUUAUGGGCUGGUUGUCUUUGGGGACACUGCAACUAUCAAGAUUCGGUUCAACGAUUUUACUGACAUCAACAAUCUUCUACAGUUCCUCAGUGCUACUCCCAAAAAAAGAAGCGGCGCUGCUGUGGAUGAGGCACUUAUAGAAGCUGAAAAGUUGUUCUCGCCGGCCAACGUUCGACCCCGUGCGAGAAAGGUGUUAGUUGUGAUUACAGAUCUACAGUCAGGAAAAUUGCCGUCCGAGGUGCGCGAGGCAACAAGACCACUACAAGAUAAGGGAAUAAAAAUUGUCGCCGUAGCAAUCGGUAAAGAAGUUGACCCGAAGGAGUUUGAGAUAUUUACUUCAAGAGAAAACAUAAUUGAGGAGAAAAGAAGCGCAGAGCCUGAUGAUCUAAAGAUGAAAAUUAUGUCUAUGGUCUUCAGAGUUUCACCCUCGUUUCCCAAACUGGACCUUGUGUUUGCUCUUAGUGCAAACUCCGGAGAUGCUGAUGCUACAUUCACCCUCAUGAAGACCACAAUCAGAAAAGUCAUGAAUGACUUUAGGUAUGGUGGUGGGAACAUUCAAUACGGAAUCCUCGUAUAUGGAGCCACUGCAGGAACAACGCUGCAACUUGGAGACUCAUCUUUCAAGGACAUUCUGGACCUCCGGAAAUACAUUAAAAACUUACCAAAACAAGCAAGUGAUCCCCAAGUUGACAAAGCACUGCAAGAAGCUUUGAAAAUUUUCCAAGGACCAAAUGCUCGCCUUGAUGCCAAACGGGUGCUUGUUGUUUUGACUGAUAAGAAGUCGACUUCCAGCCCAGCGUUGAUCAAGUCGAGUGCACAACUAAUGGAGGAGAACAAAGUCCGCGUGAUCCCAGUGGGAAUCGGAAGUGAAACAGAUCGCAGUGAGUUAAGAAGCAUCACUUAUAACAAGGGGGAUGUUAUAGAGGCAGAGAAAGAGGAGGAGUCUUGGAGAUUGGCCCGAGCAAUAAUAAUCAAGAUCUUGACAGAACCAACAAGGAUAGGAAAACUUGACCUCGCAUUCGCCAUUGGUGCUGCGUCACGUGACGCUAAGAACGUUUUGCAGCAUAUGAAGGAAAUCAUCAAAAGCAUAGCUGAUAUGUAUGGCACUGACUUGAUCCACUAUGGGGUCAUUACUUUUGACUCGGAGGCUGCUAUUAAGUUACGCUUUGGCAACAAAAUUAACUCUGCGGAGAAUCUGAAAGCGUUCAUCGAUUCAAUACCUGCGCCAAAUGGUGGGCCUGCCAUCGACAAGGCAUUAGAGGCGGCUAAAGUUCUCUUUGGAGGCGAUGACGUUCGUUAUGACGCGCAAAAAGUUCUCGUGGUGAUGGUGGACAAGCGAUCCAGUGGGGACGAAGUCUCUGCCAUGAAGACAGCGGUGGAGCUCAAAGAGAGUGGAGUUAAUAUUAUCACAGUUGCUGUGGGAAGCGAAACUGACCUCGUUAACCUGAAAAAUAUCUCGAAAACUCCUGGUAACGUGAUCAACACCACCAGCCGUGGCAAACCUGAUGAAGUUGGCAAGGAAAUCGUGGAUAAAACAGACCCAUUGAAGGUGACAAAGAUCGAUGUAGGCUUUGCUCUUGGCGCCACGUCCCGAGAUGCAUCAGUGACGAUCAGACUUAUGCAGGAAUCCAUCAAGUUCAUAAUAGACACUUACGGAACAACAAACCUGCAUUACAGUGUUAUGAAGUUUGAUGAGCGGCCGCAGGUUUUGGUCCGUUUUGCGAACAAACACUCUUCUGAAGAGUUAAAGGAGAUCAUUGAGGAAUUUAUCGUGCCCAGUUCUGGUUCGCUAGAUUUAGAGAAGGCGUUGAUUGAGGCGAAGAAGCUGUUCGAUGAGGCGGUAGCUAGACCAGAUGCUAAGAAAUUCCUGAUAGUGUUCAUGGAUAACAAGUCAAAGAAUGACAGGAUUGCUAUCGUUGACGCAUCUAAACCGAUCAUUCCAGAAAGUGGCGUUGUACCUGUUGGAGUGGGCGAAGAAGUGGACAAAAAGGAGUUAGAGGCCAUUACUCCUCUGAAGAACACAACAGUAACAGCACCGAAGACAGGAAAUCCCGAUGAAGUGGCAAAGGAGAUCAUUGAUAAAAUGAAGAAAAUUAUCCUCGAACCAACGGUUCCUGAAGUCGACUUGGGUUUUAUCAUAUCUGCUGGUUCGACUGACGCCUCAGCCACGUUGCAACAAAUUAAGGACAUCGUCAAGUCUUUCAUCAAUAAGUAUUCCACCUACAGACUUCGUUAUGGCAUCAUCUCAGGUGGAAGCUCGCCACGCAUAGAGCUCGCCUUACCUGACAGCGUAAACUCAGGUGUAUUACAAAAGGUUGAAAGUCUUUCUAGACCCAGGGGUACCCCAGACCUGGCCAAGGCUCUACUUCUUGGUGCAGAGCUUCUGUCUCCCGCUCGACCAAGCGCUCAGAAAGUCCUGGUUAUAAUCACAGACGUCAAGUCAGGCAGCUCUUCAAGGCAGUUGAGGCUUGCAACACAAGCUGUUGAUAAUAAAGGAAUUCGCGUCCUUGCAGUCACCAUUGGCAAGGAAGUGGAUCGUUCCGAGCUGAUAACGGGAACAGGAUCUGGUGAAAACAUCAUCAACAGCUCCAAAACUGACGAAGGCGGAGAAGUCAGGGAAAAAAUCAUGAAAAAAAUUAGAGAGGCAAAACAAAUUCAAGAUGUUGACGUAGUGUUCGCCAUCAGUGCCACGGCAAGAGACUAUCGGCGAACCUUCAGUGUAAUGAAAGGAGUGAUGAAGUCCAUCUUUGAUCAGCUUGGUGUUGAAAGCAUCCGGCCAGCGAUAAUCGUAUAUGGAGACAGUGCGUCUGUGCGGCUACGCUUUGACGAGGAAAUCACCGACAUAGACGAAUUGAAGCGACGCAUUGAUAACUUACCGCGGAACACAGGAACCCCAGACUUGAAUGCAGCAUUGAAAAUGGCGCAGGUCGUAUUUGCGGGAUCUCGACCAAAUGCCAAGAAAGUGCUUGUGAUUAUUACUGAUGACAAGUCAGAUAGUAAACCGUGGGUUAUUACAGCGGGAGCGAGACAACUUGAAGAAGAAGGGAUCGAAGUUGUAGCGGUUGGAAUAGGAAGUGAAGUUGAUCGCAAACAACUUGAAACCACUACACCAUACAAGGACAACAUUAUCACAGCAGAUAAAGAUGAUGACACCAAGGAUAUUGCAAAUAAGAUUGUAGUGAUUAUACUAAGAAAGAGAAUACCUCUUCCAAAGAUCGACUUGAUGUUUGUAAUAAGCUCGCAAUCGUCUAAAUCCUCUCAAACAUUCCCUUACAUGAAGGCCAUUUUGACUGACAUUAUGCAGAAUUACAGCACAAAUCAAAUCCACUUCGCAGUUGUGUUGUACGGUAAUGAACCUUCUGUCAUUCUGCGAUUUUCUGACGGAUAUACGGAUCCUGACAAACUUGUAGAGGAGAUAAGCUCGGCUAGAAACGUCCCUGGGGGCUCAGCACUAGACAAGGCAUUACAGACAGCUAAAAUGAUUUUCACUGAGGACGAGGCCGUUAGGCCGGAAGCGCGGAAAAUCUUGGUCAUCAUAACAGACGAGAAGUCAUCUGGUGAUACGGUGGUUGCUAAGGGUGUUGCUAAGGACUUAAUUGACAAUCACGUGUCUAUUAUAACUGUUGCACUUGGAAGCGAGGCUGAUCGUAAAGAGUUAGAAGAGCUCACUCCCACUGAUGGCAACUCCCUGAACGCAACAACGGACAAGGAUCCGGGAGAGACUGCUGAAGAGAUCAUAGGGAAAAUAGCACAACUUCCAGACCCUAUCAACGUAGAGAAGAUCGACAUAGUCUUCGCAGUUAGCGCCUCUUCGUCACAGGCAAAGGAAAUAUUCCAGUUAAUGAAAGACACUCUGUCGUCCAUUGUCGCCACACAUGGCGCUGAAAAUAUUCAUUAUACCAUUGUGUCAUAUGGAUCUCAAAUAAGAUCUUUUGUGAACUUUCAAGACAAUUUUGGAGACGAGAAAGGCUUGUUGAGGAUACUAGAGAACCUCUCUCCCGUGGGUGGUACACCUGAUUUGGACAAGACCCUUGAAUACGCAAAGAGUGCAUUGGAGGGACCGGGCUCCCGUGCAGACGCGAAGAAAUUCCUUGUGCUCCUGGUGGACAACAAGUCGGGUAGCACCGAAGAAGAUGUGUUGAAAUUUGCGUUCUUACUGGAAGGUGGCGGGAUAAAGGUGAUACCAGUAGGAAUAGGAGGUGCUGUAGACCGCGAGGAACUAGAGAACACUACCCCGCUGAAGGGAAAUAUCAUUGAAGUUCCAGAGGAAUCAAAGCCCGAGAAUCUUGGGAAGAAAAUUAUCGACAAGAUCCGAGAAAAUCUGUUCCUUCCAUCAAUCCCAGAGGUCGACCUGGUGUUUGCGAUCAGCGCUGCGUCAGCAAAUGCAGAUGAAAACUUCAAGAAAGUAAAGGAAGUUAUAAAGGCCAUCAUUGACACGUACUCCAUGAACAAGCUCCGCUAUGGUGUCAUUGUAUUUGGAUCGAGCGCAACCACAAGAAUCGCCUUACUGGACGACUUCCCCAGUGAUAAGAAACUCAAGAGUUUUUUAAAUAUCAUUUCCAGAGAGAGAGAGCUUCCUGAUUUAGAUAAGGCUCUAAAGAUGGGAAAGGAAUUGUUUUAUGAGACACCAGAGCGUCCAAAUGCAAGAAGAGUUCUUGUGGUAAUCCUGGAUAGAAAGUCUACAAGUAAGCUUCCCCAAUUAAGGGAAAGUGCGAAAAUGCUGGAGGAAGACAGUAUCAGGGUGAUAGCAGUUGCCAUCGGAAACGAAGUAGAUCGUAAUGAACUUGGAGUGAUCACACCUGACAAGACCCACGUUAUCAACGUCACCACCGACGUCACUGUCAUUGAUUUCAAAGAGAAAAUAAUCCGCAAAGUGUUUGAAGAGGAGAAAGGCGAGGAACAUGACUUUGUCAUUGCGGUGUCUGUUGGUCUUAGAAACAUGCCGUUCUUCAAGAAAAUGGGUAUAGAACUUUUGGAUAGAUAUCCAAUUAGCAGAGCUGCUUACAGUUUCCUUACCUACAACUCAGGAAUAAGAAGAGUCCAUACUUUUCAAAGGAAGUUCUCUUCCGAUAGCCAGGUUAAAGCCGUCGUGCAGAACCUACCUGCCAGAUUGGGUUCUCGUGCCAGACUUGAUCUGGCCCUGGUGGAAGCAAAGAAAUUGUUUACAGUAGGAUCUGGAAGCCGGCCUCACGCAAGAAAGGUUGUUGUUAUAUACACGGACAGAGAACAAACCGGCAGUGACACGGCUGCAGCAGCCAAAACCUCGAAGGAAAUGGAAAAGGAAGGAAUUCAGAUUAUUGUUGUUCUUUUGAACAUGAGGAACGUUCCUCCAAUUUGCGGUGUGGUCACUCCAAAUAAGAUAAGUAUCAUUCCGUCAAAACCAGAAGAAGGUCCUAAAGUGGGUGUGGACAAGAUCAACGAAGUUCUGAAAGAAGGUCUUAAACCGACUCCAGAGAUUGAACUAUGCUUUGCCUUCAGCGCAACAAGCAUAAAAUCAGGCAAGACAUCGCUUUUGAUGAAGAAGACAAUCAACAAGAUCAUCGAAAAGUAUGGCGCUGUCAAACUUCACUAUUUAGCCGUCGUGUUUGGUACCCAAGCUCAACCUUUAAUUAGUUUCCGAGAUCAAAAUCUAAGCGACAAAGAUCUCAUAUCCAUCAUCAGCCGUGUUCGACUACCUCCUGGCAGCCCCAGACUAAAUGUAGCUUUGCAAGAAGUUAAGGAAACCUUCGACAAGAGUCCCAAGCGGCCCGGGGUAAAGCGAGUGCUAGUCGUGUUGAUUGACAACAAGUCAACUGGUGACGCAGACAACAUGAAGAAGCUGCAAGCUGCUAAAGAGCUGUACGGAGGAGACGUGAGCAUAAUCAUGGUCGCGAUUGGUGAAGAAACAGAUCUGAAUGAGCUUGGAACAGUGAUAUCUCGUAAAGAGAAUCUCAUUAAAGAGUCCAUAGACGUUGAUCCAGAAGAACUUGCGGAGAAAAUAGUCGAGAAGACCUUUGGCGCUGCAAAAGAGGAGCGUAUUCCUGAAACGGAUAUUGUUUUUGCAAUCACUGCAACCUCUUCAAGGUGGAACAACAACCUUCAACAUAUGAAGGAUGCAAUCACUUCGAUCCUGGACACGUUCUCCAUGGAUUUGAUACGAGUCGGUGUCAUUGUGUUCGGAGGAGAAGUUGAUACUUCCAUUUCCAUACAGAGUAACUUAGAUAACUCGCUACAAGCUGAUGUUGGCAGGCUGCUACCUAAAUUUGGAGUACCAGACCUAAAAAGUGCACUCAGUGUUGCAAAGAAUGUUUUUCAGACAAGCGGGAGAACAAACGCUCGCAAGGUUAUAGUGGUGAUAUCUGACAGACGGUCUGGCAGCAGCCAAGAAGACAUUGAAGCCGAGGUAGAUCGUCUGACUGAAGAAAAUAUCGUACUGAUCAGCGUUGUAAUUGGUAACGAAGCUGACCCUAAAGAACUGAAGAAGUUUACUCCUCACGAAGUGACGAAAACCACACCAGAUGAAAAUCCGAAAGAACUGGGCGAGAAGAUCAUCAUCUUAGUGCUGAAAGAACCAGUUGUAGACCUUGCUUUUGCCGUUAGCGUUGACCAAGGGAACCUCAAACUUCUCAAGGACACAGUACAGAAAGUGAUCGACAACUACGGCGUGGACAGAAUACAUUAUGGUCUCAUCACAUUUGGUUCGUCCGCCACGAUUAAGAUCCGAUUUACAGAUGAGGUCAAGGACCCGGACGAGCUAAAGAAGUCUGUCAGUGAAAACAUGAUAUCGACUCGCAGUUCUCCGAAUGUAGACGAGGCCCUAGCAAAGGCGGAAAUGCUGUUCCAAGGUUCAAAGCGAGAUCAGACACACAAAAUUUUAGUGGUGAUAAUGGAUCGGUUAUCAUCGAGUGAUCCUCUUAUCGUACAGGCCAGAGCUAGAAGACUGGUGGACUUAGGAGUGACAGUAAUCCCUGUUAUUAUUGGCGAUGAAGUAAACAAGGAACAUGUCAAGCCCGUUACAGAUGACGAAGAUCGUAUUGUGCCAGUCCAACCAACUGAUAGACCAGAGGAAGUGACAGUGGUUAUUGUCGUCCAAAUAGACGAGGCUAUAAAAAGACCUGCUCAAUUAGUAGACGUCAACCUUGUGUUUGCCAUCAGCGCCAACUCCAUGGAUUCGGAUAGAACCUUCCUACAGAUGCAGGAGAUCAUGAAAUCCGUUGUGGACACUUAUCCCACAUCGAAUAUAUUUUACAGUGUUUUGUCUUUCGGAGAUUCGCCUGUUGUUCAUUUGGACUUCACCGACCAACUUUCCGACGAGAAUAUUAAACGAACGAUUGACUCCAUUGGUCAAACAACUGGUUCAAGCUCUCUCGAUAAAGCCUUGGACAAAGCAAGGGAUCUUCUUAACGCCGCAGCCACAGAGAGGCCCGGUGCGAAAAAUAUUCUUGUUGUAAUGGUAGACAGUAAAUCUGACAGUGACAUGAUCGAUGUCAAGGUCUCGUCAAGACUGCUUCGGGGUGAUGGAGUGAAGGUGAUGGUUGUUGGUGUCGGUAAUGAGGUGGAUCAAGAAGAAACAGGAAGCAUCACAUAUAUUGCGAUUCUCACCAAUACAACCGAUAGACCUGAGGGCGUGGCCAAAGAGAUUAUUAGAAACAUUGACAAAGACACUCGAGAUAUUCCCGCAAUCGACCUUGCAUUUGCCUUGAGUGCUGCUGCUGUAGACGCCGACGAUAUCUUCGAUAAGAUGAAGAAUACAGUAGAUACUAUAGUAAAGCUUUAUGGCGUUGACAAGAUCCGGUACGCACUCGUGACAUUUGGAGACAAAGCUAAUACUGUCGCUGAUUUCGACAAUGACCGCGGGAAAGACGCACUUAGGACAAUUGUUCAAAACGUUAGCCGGCCAACGGGUGAACCAGACGUGAGGGAAGCCUUGGAAGAAGUAGAAAAACUGUUCGAAAAUGCUUCGCCCAGACCUGGAAGCUGGAAAGUGCUUGUGGUUUUUAUAGAUAAGAAGUCAGCCAAUAGCCGUGAUGACAUCAAGGAGGCAGCUAAACCGCUUAUAGAGAAGAAUGUCACAAUUAUACCUGCGACUGUCGGGUCAGAGGUUAAUGUCGAUGAAAUAGAAGUACUGGUUACCAACAAGGAAUUCAUCGCCAUCUGUCCAGUUCCUGAGCCCGACACCUGGCCAGAGAUAAUCAUCGAUAAGGCUAUACAGGAACUGCCAAAGAUUCCAAAGCUCGAUCUGGGAUUUGCUAUCAGCAUCGGUUCCUCGGAUGCAGAUGCCAACUUACAAAAGAUCAAAGACACCAUGAAAUCGAUAAUAGAUCGUUACGGAAAAAGCGAUAUUCGAUACAGCUUCAUUCUCUUUGGUGAUGAACCGUUUGAGAGAGUCAGCUUUGCUGAGAGCCAGCGUUACACUGUCGCUACUCUCAAGGAUAGAAUCAAUCGUUUCACACGAAUCUCUGGUGCAGCUUUAGACAAAACCCUGGAGGAGGCCAAAGAGAUUUUUGAGCGUACAGCGAGACCUGAUGCUAAGAAGGUGUUGGUUGUCAUUAUGGACCAGACGCAGUCGAGUGGAAGGGAGAGCACUAAAAGGAAGGCAAAAGAGUUACAGAUAUCUGGAGUUAAGGUUGUUCCAGUGGUGCUCGGUGAAGAAGGAAACAAAGUGGAAUUGGAGGAAAUCACCCGACACAAAAAUAACCUGGUGGAGAUGGAGAAAGAUGAGAAUGAAGAGAAAGCUGCUGGAAAGAUAAUGAUCAAAGUGCUGGAAGAUGUCACCGAUGAGGAACAGAUGGUAGACAUUGCAUUUGCUCUUAGUGCCACAGCAUUAAGCUCAGACGACAACUUUAGGAAGAUGAAAUCUCUACUGGAUGAGAUCAUAAACAGCUACAGUCCAUCUGCCUCUCGCUACAGUAUCAUAACAUUUGGGAAGACCCCAGUGGUUGAACUCGAUUUUGGAGGCGUGAGCGACCUCAUGGAAUUGAGAGAAACCUUACAGCAGAUCACAAAGAAUCAGCAGGGCGCCGACCUUGCCAGGGCCCUUCGAAAAGCUCGGCAGCUAUUCCAGACAGCAGCCGUGAGUCGUCCUAAUGCUAAAAAGAUCCUGGUGGUGGCAAUGGAUAAGGUGUCUGACAGUGAUGAGAUCGCAGUGACAGUAGCCGCCAGAUCUUUGGCUCAGGAUGAAGUCCGAGUUAUCGCUGUCACGUUUGGAAAAGAGGCAGAUCCACAAGAGAUUGAAAAGACAAUUCUGAACAAGAACAAUGUGAUCCAAACUGACGAUAAUGAUGGUUCCGAGGAUAUUGCGGUAGAAGUUGUGGAAAGAGCAAACAAUGAUUCUAUGCCGAUACCAAUGGUAGACUUAGGAUUUGCCAUCAGUGCCACAGACACCGGAGCCGGCCAGACAUACGAAAAUAUGAAGAAUGUGGUCAAACAUAUUGUUAAUUCGUAUGGGUUGGUCAGCAUAAGAUAUGGAGUCAUCCUGUUUGGCGAGUCAGCGACAACAUACAUUUCUUUCUCGCGAACUUUUCCUGACGAGAUGGCAUUGUUAUCGUCCCUCGAUUUGCCACAAAGACUCCGUGGAGAGCCAGACUUGCAGGAGGCUUUAGAGGAAGCAAAGACAAUGUUUGAUCAAGCGACCCCCCGACCUGGUGCUAGAAAAGUCCUUGCUGUCAUCGUCGAUAACGAUUCUUCCAAUAAUAAAAGUGAAAUUAAGGAAGCGGCGAAGGUCUUAAAAGAUGACGACAUCCAAGUCAUACCCGUAGGCGUUGGACCCAAUGUCGAUGACGAGGAACUUGAAAUUAUGACAGGGAACAAGAAAAACGUUAUUAAAACAGACAAGGAUGGCGACUCGUCGAGCGUGGGUGAAGAAGUCAUCAUGAAGAUCCAUGAGGAUCCUCCCACCGUGCCAGAAACAGACCUCUUAUUUGCCCUUAGUGCUAACGCAGUAAAAGACAGAGACAACUUCCAGCAGAUGAAAGAUAUCAUCAAGGCCAUGAUUGAUCAGUACGGGACAUCUAGUCUUCGGUAUGCUGUUAUGACGUUCGGAAACGUACCGAUUAUAAGAAUUUCCUACGAUGCAGCUUUCUUGGACGAUAAAGCCUUGAUGAACUUAGUCGACGCGGCUCAGAAAACUUCAGGAGCAUUAUUAGAUAGUGCUCUUUCAAAAGCCAAGCAGUUCUUCGAAACCCAAGGUCGUCCUCUCGCGAAGAAGGUGCUGGUGGUGAUUUCUGAUAUCAAGUCUAGCAGUUCUCUUGGAGAUGUCCAGACGCAGGCCAAGUUCUUGGAAGAAGACGACAUCAAAGUUAUUCCAGUCGCCCUUGGAAAACAGUCCGACAUGAAAGAACUGUCUGCAACCACACCGAAUAAAGAGAACCUUGUAGAUAUUGACGAAGGUGAUGAUCCAGCAGAAACUGCCGAGAUUAUUAUGCUGAAGAUUGUGAAAGAUGUUCCUAAGAUACCGGAGAUGAACUUAGCAUUUGCCAUCAGCGCCAGAGCUAUAGAUGACGCGACAAACUUUGCGAAGAUGAAGGACAUCAUACGGUCAAUCGUGCAAAAGUUUGGCUCAAGUCGAAUCCAUUACAGUGUCAUUACAUAUGGCGACCCACCAACCACUGUUCUGCCAUUCGAUCGUAGGCUUCCUUCCGACGAGGAUUUAAAACAGCGCAUCAAAUCCAUUUCCAAGAACGAUGGUGGUGCAGCGUUGGUUGAGGUGCUGCAAGAGGCCACAAAGCAGUUUGAUGCUGCAGCUAAAGUCCGGCCUAAUGCGAGGAAGGUUCUAGUUGUUAUAGCGGAUAAGGAAUCCGAUAGCAGGGGAGAGGAUCUCAAGAAGGAAGUUUUCAAGUUGCAGCCCGUUGGCAUCAAGGUUAUUGCUGUUGCCUUGGGUGAAGAAUCUGAUGAGGAUGAACUUGAUAUUUUGACGCCUGAAGAGGGUGCAGUCAUUGAGGCUAACAGUACUGACGGCGCCAGGAAAACCGCUCAUGCCAUCAUGGAAAAAGCUCUACAAGAUUAUCCAGAAACACCCUACCUUGAUAUCCUCUUUGCCAUCAAUACCGCUGGUAGAGAUGCAGUGAAGACCUUUGAUAUGCUGAGAAAUGCUCUUAAGAAUAUUAUACAAAUGUACGACCCAGAUCGCGUACGGUAUGGUGUAAUCAUUUAUGGCGACUCUGCAUCGCUCGUUGUCCGAUUCUCUAAAGAUCCUCAAGAGGUUAAGAAACUGACCAGGGAUAUCGACGAGCUGUCGCAACCUUCUGGAUUACCAAAUCUCGAGGGACUGUUACAAGCAGCAAAGAAGGUGUUUGAGCAGGAUUCCGGCCGACCCAAAGCAAACAAGGUGCUGGUUGUAGUAACUGAUGCUAAAUCGUCAUCAACGUCAGAUGACAUAAAGCAGGCUGCUAAACCGCUGGAGGAAGAUGGGGUAACAGUUGUUGCAGUAACCGUAGGGGAUGAAGCAAAUAACAAACAGUUGGAGAAAAUGAUACCUGACAAGCAAACGCCUUUGUCUAUUGACAAGGAAGGAGAGCCCAAUGAAAUAGGAGAAAAAAUUAUGGAGAAGGUUUUGGAAGCCAUCCCUCAGAUACUUGAUUUAGAUUUGUUGUUUGCCAUAAGUGCCCGUGGUGCGUUGGACUCGGCGAAAAACUUCCGGGAAAUGAAGGACAUUAUCGACAGGGUCAUCGCCAAAUAUGGUAUCGGUAAAAUCCAAUACAGCUUCGUCGUGUUUGGAUCUACCCCGGCGGUAAGACUGACCUUUACACGGCCUGUGAACGACGAACAACUGAGAGGAAUCCUACAACAAACACAACGCUCAGUUGGUGCAAGCCUAAAAGAUACACUAAAAAGAGCUGAGAGGAUCUUCGAUGCUUCCCCCCGACCGAACGCUAAGAGAGUGUUGGUUCUUGUGAUGGACAAACGGUCUGACAACCGUCUCGAUGACGUUAAAUUGUCAGCCGAGUCUCUAUGGAGGUCUGGUGUCAAAGUUAUCCCAGUGGCCUUUGGACGAGAGGCUGCACAGGAUGAAAUGGAGGCUACAACGUCCGAGGAAGACAAUUUGAUUGACGUGAGAGACACCAGCAAUCCUGACCAAGUCGCCCAAGAGAUCAUGGAAAAGGUUUUAGAGGAUUUCAAUGUUCCCAAAAUGGACAUAGCGUUUGCCAUCAGCCCCACAGCCCACCAGUCAGAUGCAAACUUCAUGAAAAUGAAAGACACAGUUAAACAAUUUGUGGAUAGAUUUGGUGUGCACGGAAGGGUGCACUACGCUUUGAUGACGUUCGGAGAUCCCCCGACGAAGGAUUUGCAAUUUAGCGACAAAAUGGCAAGUCCAAGCACUCUUAAGGAACUGAUAGAUGGAAUCGGUAAGCCAUCUAGGGAAGCUGCAUUGGAUGAAGCUCUCAGUGCAGCCAAGUUGUUGUUCAGCCCUGGUGCAGGUGGAAGGGAGGAUGCUGAGAAGAUUCUGAUAGUCAUGACCGACAGGGAGUCAGACAGCAGCAACAAAGAUGUCAUGAUGUCUGCCAAACAGCUGAAGAAUGAAGGAAUCCGUGUCAUUGCAGUUCCGCUUGGUGACGAGGACAACUUAAAUGAAGUGGAGGUUAUUGUAUCCAUCGGUGAAGACGUUAUUAAGCCGAAGACUACAGACAAACCCAGGCACAUCUCAGAUGAGAUUGUCGGAAACAUUCUUAACGAUGAACUUCGAACUCCCAAAAUCGAUUUAGGAUUUGUGAUCAGUGCCUAUGCUACAUCAGCAGCAGAUACCUUCCAGCGUAUGAAGGAGACUAUUAAUGCCAUUGUUGACGAGUAUGGAGUCUCUGGUAGAAUCCGCUACGGUCUUGUCACGUUUGGCCGAGACGCAACUCGAAAACUGAGCUUUAGCCGAGAGAUUUCUGACAUCAACUCUCUAAAAGAUAAGAUAAAGAAUACUCGUCGUCCUUUUGGAGAUCCUGACUUACAAAAAGCUUUAGAAGAGGCCAAGAAAUUAUUCGAGACUGAGCCAAAACGUCCUGAUGCCAUGAAAGUUAUUGUUGUGAUAACUGAUAAGAAAUCCACGAGUCGUCCCGAAGAUGUGAAGAUGGCUUUCGUUCCGUUAGCGGAGGAAGGUGUUAAAAUUAUCCCUGUAGCGGUUGGUUCAUCAGCAGACCCCGAUGAACUGGAAAGGGUUACAUCCAAUCGCGGUUACCUCAUCAUGACAGAGAGGGAACUGGAUCCAGAUGUGACUGCGGAACAGAUAAUGGAGAUGAUUUUGAAAGAUUUGCCAGCUGUGCCCCAAAUGGACCUUGUACUCGCCAUCAGCACCAUCUCAUCAAAUGCUAAUGCAAACCUCGCUAAAAUCAAAGAGGUGGUCCAGGAACUGAUUGACACGUACGGUGUUCAGCGGGUCUACUACAGUGUCAUACUGUUUGGUCGGGUUCCUAGCAUAAGGAUAAGGUUUACACAACAGUUGGAUGAAGCUUCCUUGAAGUCAGCUAUCCAGGGUCUGCGAAGACCUGGUGGAGGUUCAUCGCUUUCUGUUGCGCUAGAGACGGCUAGAGGCGUGUUUCGGGACGGCCGUCCAGACUCCAAGAAGGUCGUGUUGGUAGUAAUGGAUGCGAAAUCAGGAAGCAGUAUGGACGAUGUGAAAGAGGCCGCCAGUGAAUUAGAAGAGGAUGGUAUCAAGGUCAUUCCACUGAUGUUGGGAGGUCAGGCAGAUCCGGAUGAGGCCUCAGCUACUACCACGAACAAGCAGAAUGUUGUGAAGGCAAAUGACACCAGUGAUACGAAAGCCGUUGCCGAGGAAAUCACUCAGAAAGUUACAGACAGUGAGCCAGUUAUUCCAUUGGUUGAUAUGGGAUUUGCUAUCAGUGCAACGGCAAUAAAUUCCAGAGAACAUUUCCGGAAAAUGCAAGAAGUCAUCAAAACCUUCGUUGAUAAGUACGGUUCUCAGAGGAUUGCUUACAGUGUUCUGACAUUUGGAUCGAACCCAACUAUUAGUGUCCGCUUUAGCGAUGCAGCAAAUGGAGACGAGGUCUUGAUGAGCAUCAUAAACAACAUACCACAAAACGAAGCGAGAGCGUCUCUUGAUAAAGCCCUGCACGGAGCGAAAGAGCUUUUCAAGGAUUCCAAUGGUGCCCGAAAGGAUGCUAUGAAAGUUUUAGUGGUGAUCACAGACGAAAAGUCGGAUAGUCUGGAGCAGGAAGUGAAGAAAGCAGCUCAAAGACUCGACGAAAACGACAUCCGGGUUAUUGGCAUUGCACUUGGAGAUGGAAGUGAUGGAGAACUGGAGGGGAUUACUGAUAUUGAGGGUGACGUCAUCAACACAACCGAUUCGACUUCACCCGAGAAAAUUGUGGAGAAAGUAGUUGAGCAAGUCUUAAACAAAACUGCUACACUUGAUGAGAUUGAUUUGGCAUUUGCCAUCAGUUCUGCUGCCGCGGGCUCUGACACAACUUUCCAGCAAAUGAAAGACACUGUACAAGAGAUAAUGCAGACUUACAAAACCGACAAACUGCGGUAUGCUGUGAUGGUGUUCGGAGGUCGGGUCCUUUCUCCUAUCAACUUUGCAUUGACACUUCCAGAUGACAAAACGAUAAAAACGUAUUUCAACUCCAUCUCGCGUCCUUCGGGUGAACCCAACCUCGAGCAAGCUUUGUCAGAAGCCAAGAAAUUAUUCGACCAGGCUUCGCCACGCCCAAAUGCCAAGAAAGUUUUAGUGGUCAUCAUGGACAAGAAAUCUUCCAAUAAAUAUCAGGAGAUUGACGUCGCUUUGAAGCCUCUCAAGGAAGAUGAUGUCAAAGUUGUGCCAGUAGCCGUUGGCACUGAUGCCAGUUUAGAUGAAUUGAAGAACAUUACGUCCGCAGAGGAAUAUGUAGUGACAGCAGAGAAGAGCACAGAUCCUGUGAAGCUUGCAGAGAAGGUUAUGAUCAAAGUGACCAAAGAAAUAUUGGACGUACCUGAGACGGACAUGAUUUUUGCAAUCAGCGCCACUGCACAGCUGAAUCAAUUAGAUAACUUCCGUCAGAUGAAAGAGAUCAUCAAUGCCAUGAUUGACAAGUACGGCACAGGAGACCUAAAGUACUCGGUCAUAGUCUACGGAGAUGAACCACAGCUAGGACUUCGCUUAAACAGCAACUUUGAGUCGGACGAAACUCUAAUGAAUUCCAUCAGCUCAAUUCGUAGUGGUCGUGGAGCAUCACUUUCUAAAGCCCUAACACUUGCGAACCAGGAGUUCGUUUUAUUGGGACGUCCAAACGCCAGGAAGAUUUUGGUUGUAAUCACAGACAAGAGAUCCACGAGCGAAAUCAGUGACGUCACUAAAGCAGCCAGAAUCCUGGAGCAGGAAGACGUCAGAGUUAUACCAGUGGCGCUUGGAAACGAGGCUAACGUAAACGAGUUGCAGAAAAUCACGCCGUGGCUGGAUGAUAUAAUAGAGACUGACAAGGAUAGCAAUCCGUAUAAAGUGGCAGAGGUGAUUCUGAAGAUUGGGUUGGAAGAUAAACCAAAACUUCCAGAAUUGGAUCUUGCCUUCGCCAUUAGCGCCACAGCUCUGAAAGCCGGUGACAACCUCAAGAAAACUAAAGACAUAAUCAAGGAUAUUGUCGGCAAAUAUGGAAUCAAUAAAAUGCACUACAGUCUGGGUACAUUUGGAAGCAAGCUAAACGUCAUUAUCAAGUUCAGCCGACAGGUAAACAGUAAUGCUCAGUUCAUGCGUCUGGUGGAUUCUGUCCGCGGAGUCCAACGAGGCUCUGACUUGGCUAAAGCUCUGGAAGAGUCCUCAGCCAUGUUUACCGAGGAGAAUGGAGGGCGACCGAAUGCCAAAAAGAUAUUAGUUGUGAUCAUCGAUAACAAGUCAGACAGUUCUGGUGAUGACACUGAAGAUGCUGCGGCUUUGGUGAGGGAAGCUGGCAUCCGAGUGAUCCCAGUUGGGCUUGACAGAGCGGACAGAGGUGAGCUGGACAAGACGACAGCUGUGGAGGAGGAUGUGCUGACACCACCAGACAGCGACACGGCUCAAAACAUUGCAGAGGAUAUUAUAAGAAGGGCACUGAAUGAGACAGCAUCAGUUCCUCUUUUAGAUUUGGGCUUUGCAAUCAGCGCAUCAGCACAGGAUGCAGACAAAACGUUUACUCUGAUGACAGAAGCUAUAGACUCCAUUGCAACACAUUACGAGGCCAGCAAAAUCCGCUACGCUUUACUGACAUUUGGUAGCACAGUCAGUAAAGAGGUUACUUUCACUGAAGAUUCGCCCAACCCAGAAGAACUACGAAAGGCUUUAGAAGGGGCUAGUAGACCGAGUGGUGCACCAGACUUAAAGAAAGCUCUCGAGGAGGCAAAGAUGAUGUUCAAACAGGCGACCCCUCGACCCGGAGCUAAGAAGGUUCUUAUAGUAAUAAUGGAUAAAAAGUCAGCCAGUGAUGCCAGUGAUGUUAAAGAGGCAGCUAAACUGUUGGAAGACGUGAAUGUCAAAGUGGUCCCUGUGGCAGUGGGUUCCGAAGUCAGUCUAUCUGAACUUGAAAAGACAACAACUAAUAAGAAAUUCAUCGUUAUCGUCGGAAAUGAUGAGGAUCCAGAGAGACUUGGAGAAGAAAUAAUCAGAAAAGCUUUAAAGAAUCUUCCAACAGUCCCAAUGGUCAACUUGAUCUUCGCGAUCAGUAGUCUCUCCUUUAAUGCGAACGAGAAGUUCCAAAAGAUGAAAAACAUCAUCAAAACCAUGGUAAAUGAAUAUGGCAAGGAAAGGAUUCACUACAGUCUCAUUGUGUUUGGAAACGAACCUUCGGUUGAGCUGAGAUUCUCCAGGACCUUUGAUAGCGACGCUGAGCUUAAAGCACACUUUGAUCUUCAGGCCAGAGUCUCGGACGGAGCUGCUUUGGAUAAAGCCUUGAAGAAGGCUGCUGAUUUGUUCGGGGAAUAUUACCGGGAGGGUGCUAAGAACGUGCUGGUGGUGAUAAUGGACAAGAGGUCUACCAGCAACAGAAAGGAUGUGCAGAGCAUGGCUGUUCCAUUGUGGGAGGAUGACGUCGAGGUAAUUCCGAUUGCGUUUGGGAGCCAGGCUGACAAGAAGGAGCUGGAGUUGAUUACGCCUCAUAAGGAAAAUUUGAUAUUGGCAUAUGUGAAUAAUAAGACGGUAAACAUUGCUCAGAGAAUCAUGGACAAAAUGAUGAAAGCUAUACCGAUGGUAGACUUGGCCUUCGCCAUCAGUUCCAAUGCUGCUGGAAAAGAGGAAACGUUUCAGAAAAUCAAAGACGCCAUUGACUUUAUUAUUACAUACUACGGCAACGAUCGCAUUCGUUAUGCAGUGGUCACAUUUGGUUCAUCUUCGUACGACGACGUCAAGUUCCAAGAUGGUCAGACAGUGGAUGAACUCAGACAAUUAAUCGAACGUCUUCCUCGUGCUACUGGUGUACCAAAUCUGAAAGAGGCGCUGGAGACAGCAAAAGGAGUAUUUGAUCAAGCGUUAGACAGACCAAGGGCCAAAAAGUUCUUGGUUGUUGUCAUGGAUUCCAAAUCAGGAAACCAGCCAGGAGAGAUCCAACAAGGUGCAAAAGCUUUAGAGGAGGAAGAAAUCAAGGUCAUUCCAGUAUCCAUUGGCACCGGUGCUAGUCGCAACGAAUUGGAAAAAAUCACCACAAACCGGAAGAAUAUGAUAUCCUCACCAAAAGAUGAAGAACCUAAAGCUCUGGGAAAGAAGAUCAUAAGCAUUGUCAUAAAAGAUUAUCCAUCGAUAGAGAGGGUAGACAUGGUCAUUGCAAUCAGUUGCACGGCGACACUUGGCGAGAAAAACUUCCAGAAGACCAAGGAUGUAAUUGAUUCUAUAGUCACGGAGUAUGGCCGGGAGCGUAUUCGUUAUGGCGUGGUGAUAUUCGGAAGGGAGCCAAAGAAAGCUUUGCGUUUGGUUGAUAGUUACAAUACAGACGAACAACUAAUGGCAAAGUUGAAUUCGUUUGACCGAGAAACAGGCAGUGCUGACUUAGCAAAGGCUCUCAAGACUUCAUGGGACAUGAUUUCAGAAGAAGGGAGAUCCAACGCCAAAAAAGUCUUAGUCGUUGUUUCAGACCGAAGUUCUCGAUCCACAGACAGAGAAAUACAAAAUGCGUUGAAGCCUUUACAAGACAAUAACGUCAUAGUUAUUCCUGUCGCCCUCGGAGUCACGGCUGAUGAAAAGCAACUUCGUCUACUGACCGAUGACGAGAGUUCGUUUAUGACAGCUAAAACCACUGAUGAAACUAGCGAAACUAAGAAUAAAUUGAUGGUUAUUGUCUUUAAAGAGAGGAUUUUCGUACCUGCCAUGGAUCUGUUGUUCGCAAUCAGUACCACAGCCACAGACUCGAAGGAGAACUUUGCUUACACACAAGAGGUCAUUUACAAGAUCAUCGAAAAAUAUGGCAUUAGGAAGAUUAAGUAUAGCUUGCUAACAUUCGGCCAAAAGGCGUACGUACAUUUUAAAUUUAAUUUUAUCUCUGAUGAGGUAAACAGGCUGAAAAAUGCCAUCAGUCGGAGCAAAAUGAAGGAUCUCAGUGGCGUAUCUCUGCAAGAUGCAAUGGAAGAAGCAAGAGAAGUAUUUGAAGAAGCUGAAGGUCGCCGACCGGAUGCCAAGAAAGUACUUGUCGUGAUUAUCGACAAAAAGUCAGACAAUACCAUAGAGGAGGUUAGAAAUGCCGCCGCUUUGCUGGAAGGUUACAAAAUCCGUGUCAUCCCUGUGGCACUUGGCCGAGAAGCAGAUGUUGAAGAACUCACAAAUACAACACUUGAUAAGAACGAUCUGGUGAAAGCCGACAAAGACAGAGACUCGGAGAAAACUGCAGAGGAGAUUAUUAUGAGAGCUAAAGGACAAGCUAUUCCAGAAAUGGACAUUUGCUUCGCCUUUGGCACAUCUGAUUCCAAUGCGGAUAAAACGUACAAGAAAAUGCAGGAAGCAGUGAAACACAUGAUCGAAAAGUACAAAGAUCAUGAUCAAAUUCGCUUCGCUAUCCUUCCUUUUGGAACAAAUCCUUCUUCUGUACGAGGUUUUAGAGACCAGUCGGGCGAUGCAGACGGUUUGAUUAGAUUUGUGACAGCCAUUCCUCGACCGCGCGGACGGCCGGACGUAGUGAAGGCGUUGGAUAGAGCAGAACAGUUGUUCGAGGUUGCAUCACCAAGACCGAGAGCUAAGAAAUUCUUAGUUGUGUUUGUUGGAAGCAAAUCAGGGAACGAUUUGGAAAUGUUGAAGAAGACUGCAAAACCUCUGGAAGACAAAGGUGUGAAAGUGGUAGCAGUGGCCGUUGGAUCGGAAUCAGAUCCUGAUGAGCUCAUCAAAGUCGUGCCUAACAAUGGAAACCUAAUAAAGGCCAAGGAAAGUUUUGAAGCCCCAGACAAGUUGGGAAACGAAGUUAUGAUUAUCGUACUUAAAGAUUUGCCGAUCAUACCAGAGGUUGACCUGGCCUUUGCCAUCAGUGCCAACGCUGUACAGUCACGUACCAACUUUCAAAAGAUGAAGGAUGUUGUUAGCCAGAUAGUAGAGAUGUAUGGCCAAGAGAGAGUAUUGUACAGUAUAUUGGUCUACGGCUCUGUCCCAGACGUAAAGAUCCAGUUCAAUCAGCGACGAACAGAUGACCAGUUGGUGACUUUUAUUAAGAAUAUAAAUCGAGUAUCUGGUUCUGCAUUGGGCCCUACGCUGGAUAAAGCCAAGGAAGCAUUUAAUCAAUAUGGGCGUCCUGGAGCGAGGAAGGUUUUAGUGGUAAUAACAGAUAGGAAAUCUGAUAGCGAUGCUAAAGUCUUGCAGGAGAAGGCGUCUCUACUGGAACAAGCUAAAAUCAAAGUAAUACCUGUAGGUUUGGGAAGUGAAAUUGAUAAAACAGAACUGCAAAUUUUAACUCCACGAGAGAAAGACAUCAUUACAAAACCAAAUACGGUUUCCACAGAGUAUUUGGUGGACGUAAUCAUGAGGAAGGGUUUGGAAGAAACACUUUUCGUCCCGGAAAUGGACCUCGCUUUUGUCAUCAGCACGACUGCUGUGGAUAAGGACAAAAAUCUCGAAGCAACUAAAGAAAUCAUCAAGAAAACCGUGCAAACCUUCGGCCUGUCUCGAGUCCGGUACAGCCUAAUUACAUUUGGUGCCAUACCUGUGGUCAAAAUAAGAUUCGACAACGUCUUCGCCAGUGAGGAAGAUCUUGUCAAGAUCGUUGACAACGUCAAGAAAGAUGUGGGUGCCGCUUCUCUCGAAAAAGCCUUGGAAGAGACUAGAUAUCUCUUCGCGUUAGCUGAGGAUGCCAGACCUGAUGCCAAGAGGGUUGUUGUGGUCAUCACUGACAAAAAGUCUGACAGCACUGAAGAGUCUGUACGAGCUGCCUCUCAGAAGCUGAGGAAUGAUGGCGUCCGCCUGAUCGCCAUUGUACUUGGCAAUGAGUUUGAUCCGGUCUCGCCGGAGGUCAUCAAGCCGGAAGAAGAACAACUUCCCAAGGAGACAGCGAAGGAGUUAUUGAUGGUAGUCUUAAAUGAAUACGUCGUUACAGAGAAGAUCGACCUUGGCUUUGCUUUAAGUGCCACAGCAUUAAAUGCAAGAGAAACGUUCGCUAAGAUGAAAGAAACUGUGAAAUCCAUAAUCAAGAAGUACACUGUUGGAAACCUUCGUUACGCUGUUAUUGUUUACGGCUCCGAUGCAAAAGUACUUCUUAGCUUCGAGAGGAAUUUCCCUGCUCUGGAGAAUUGGCUGAGUUCUGUUGACAACAUGCGGAUUGAGCAAGGAGGGCCCGCUCUGGAGAAGGCUUUACAGAAGGCCAGGGUGUUGUUCCAGUCAAGUGGUCGUAAAGAUGCUAAAAAAGUACUGGUGGUGAUUGCAGACAAAUCACCCAUUGGAGAUAGCGGUGAAACUGGGAAGGAGGCACUAGAACUGGAGUACGCUAAUGUUAAGAUCGUGCCCGUUGCUUUUGGCGGUGAUAUUGAUGCUAAGGAAAUCAAGGAUAUCUCACCGUAUAAAGACGUGCUCGUUGUCGUGCGCAAUGAUGUCGACCCAACCGAACUUGGCUACUCUGUGAUGGAAAAAGUUCUGAAAGUCACACCUAAAAUACCCAAGGUGGAUCUCGCCUUCGCAAUCAGUGCCUUACCAAGGGACCGUAAUUUUGGAUUGAUCCUGGACAUUGUAAAGGAAGUAACAGAGAGAUUUUUCAGCGACCGUGUCCAAUACGGUUUGAUUGUGUUUGGUAGAGAUGCCUUCAUAAGGAUUCACUUCAGAGAUAAAUAUCGGGACCCUAAAAAGUUGCAGACUUUCAUUGGCUCAGUCGCUUCCAACGAUGACGAGCCAGCUCUCGAUAAGGCGCUCAUUAAGGCUAAGCUUUUGUUUGAAAGUGAGUUUGCCCGGAAAGAUGCACAAAAGGUUCUUGUUGUUAUCAUGGAUACUUUCACUGGUCGUAACAAGCCAGCCAUCAUGGAAGCUGCAAAAGACCUGGUGGACAGCUCCGUAGUUGUCAUCCCAGUUGCUAUCGGUAACAGGCCUGUUCCUGACUUCGAAAAGGAGUUUCCGGAUGAGGAAGUCAUCAAAACCAAAGACAAAGACCAUCCUAUUAAAACCGCUGAUAAGAUAGAGGAGAUACUCGUUAGUGGUAUCACCACGUUUACCAGACUGGACAUUUCAUUUAUAGUCAGCACGACUUCCGUGGAUGCCGAAGAAAAUUUUAAACUCGUCAAAUCCACAAUCGACUCCAUAAUCGAACGACAUGGCGUCAAAAAACACCUGUACAGCUUGAUGACCUUUGGUCAAAGAUCCAACAUAGUCUUUCCGUUCCAAAAGACCGAUAAAGAGUCUUUGUUAACUCUUAUACAAGGCGCCAGGUUACCCAGUGGUUCACCUGAUCUGGUAAACGCUCUCAAAGACGCAAAAUAUCUGUUUUUCCAACCAAGUGGAGGCGCACGACCAGAUUCCAGGAAGGUUAUCAUAGUUAUGAUCGACCGGAAGUCUGUUAACACCGGAAGUAACAUCGAAAAGAUUGUAGGUGAUUUUGAAGACGGAAAGGUUAGGUUUGUUACUGUGGUCAUUGGAAAGAACGCUGGCCCAGAUGAGCUUAUACCACUGGCUCCAGACAAGGAUAAAACAAACAUAGUGUAUACGGAUAAAGAUGGCGUCCCAUCAAUAGUUGGAAAGAAGAUUAUGGUGCUGAUAACUUUGGCUCUUUCUGAUCCAUGUCUGGUUACCACGUGUGAUUUUGAUGCCAAAUGUGUUAAGUUAGCAAAUGGUUCGACCGAGUGUGUGUGCCGUGAUGAUUGUCCUCAGACAUACACUCCUGUAUGUGCCAGUGAUGAACGCACGUACCCUAACAACUGCAGCAUGAUAUUCGAAGCUUGCAGGACGCAGACGAUGCUCACAGUUGUAAAGGAGGGUGUCUGUGAAGCUUGUAGCAACCGGGUCGAUUUGCUCUUUGUCCUGGAUGGAGGCAACCUUGAGGUCAAGAAGAACUUCAUAGAGGCAGUCAUCGAUAAAUUUAACAUCGGUCCUAACGAUACACGAGUAGGAAUGGUGCUGUCAGAUGCAGAUGACUUUUACUUGAUAUCAUUCAAUGAUACUCAAAGUGCAGACUUGGUCAAACUCGACAUUGAUAGCGUCAGCGAUGUGGGUUCAUCCUCAGGCAUUACUCUUGGUUUACAGGAAGCCUUGGAAGCGAUAAAAGACAGGAGAGUCGACGUCAAACAGGCCGUGGUUGUGAUCAUGGAUCAAUUGGAAAACAACAUGAAUUUGCUGCUACAAAGAUCAGGGACCCUGAAGGCACAUGAUGCAAUAGUUUACUCUGUAGGGGUGGGAAGUGGCAUGGAUGAUUCUAGAGUCAAGAGAGUAGCAUCUAAAGAUGACUACGCCUUCUAUGCUCCUUCCCUUAGUGAACUCAUGUCUGUGGCACCGUUGAUUUCUGAAAAAAUUUGUCCGUUGAAGGGUAAGUAG